CACAGGCCAGGGCUGGCAGCUGCUGGUGGGCUGGCCCAGGCCCUGGGCCAGUUGCCAGCCACCCUCAGGUCCUAGCUUGCUCCUGCUGGGGGUCCUGCCACAGCUCCCAGGCUGCCCCAGGUUUGGCCUGGGGUCCCUCCAAUGGCACUGGCCUGUCCCAGAGUCCCCAAGGCCUUGUGAGUCACUGCUUGUCCCUUGUGGUUGCCUUGCUCUGUCCUAGCAGCUUCCUUAAGAGUGGGGACUGGAACAGGGACCAGGGCAAGGACUGGGGUGUGCAGCCAUGCUGUGGCCAAGCCCUGGCAGUGGUGGGGCUGGGAAGGGCCAGACGGUUUGGCUUGGCCGGGGCUCUUCCAGUGACUCUCCCAGCUGCCUUCCAAGCAGGACUCUGGCCCAGCUCCAGGUGUCAUGUGGGAGAUAAGAGGACCCUGGCUCCCAGCAGCUCCAGUGUCCCAGAGGGCCUUGCCACCGGCAGCAGGAGGAGAGAGGACCUGUGCCGCUGGCUGAUCGGGACCGUGGCUGGAGCCGCCCCCUGCCCCGCUGAGCUCACAUGUCUGCCUGCCUGUGCCCAGAAGAUGACCAGGCUGCUGUUGGGGGUGACCCUGGAAAGGAUUUGCAAGGCUGUGCUGUUGCUCUGCCUUCUCCACUUCGUCAUCAUCAUGAUCCUCUACUUCGAUGUCUACGCGCAGCACCUGGACUUCUUCAGCCGCUUCAAUGCCAGGAAUGCCUCACGCGCCCACCCCUUCUCCAACUCCUCCCGCCCCAAUGGCACCAUCCCCAGCUAUGGGCCGGCUGGUGCUGAGGCCCCCUCCCCAGUGCCAAGCCCAGCACCAACCUCUGUGACUGAGAAGCCCUUGCAGCCAUGCCAGGAUACACCUCCUGGCUUAGUUGGGCGCCUACUCAUUGAGUUCAGCUCUCCCAUGAGCAUGGAGCGAGUGCAGCGGGAGAACCCUGAUGUGCGCCUGGGUGGCAAGUACACCCCUCAGGACUGCCUGCCCAGACAGAAGGUGGCCAUCCUCAUCCCCUUCCGGCACCGUGAACACCACCUCAAAUACUGGCUGCACUACUUGCACCCCAUCCUGCGCCGGCAGAAGGUGGCUUAUGGCAUCUACAUCAUCAACCAGUUCGGUGAAGACACCUUCAAUCGAGCUAAGCUGCUCAACGUGGGGUUCCUGGAGGCCCUCAAGGAUGAUGAGGAGUAUGACUGCUUCAUCUUCAGUGAUGUGGAUCUCAUCCCCAUGGACGACCGUAACCUCUAUCGCUGCUAUGACCAGCCACGGCACUUUGCUGUUGGCAUGGACAAGUUUGGGUUCAGGCUGCCCUAUGCUGGCUACUUUGGCGGUGUUUCUGGGCUAAGCAAGUCCCAGUUCCUGAAGAUUAAUGGCUUUCCCAAUGAGUACUGGGGCUGGGGAGGAGAGGACGAUGACAUCUUUAACCGCAUCUCUCUGAAUGGCAUGAAGGUGUCAAGGCCUGACAUCCGCAUCGGGAGGUACCGCAUGAUCAAGCAUGAACGGGACAAACACAACGAGCCCAACCCGCAGAGAUUCACCAAGAUCCAGAACACCAAAAUGACGAUGAAGCGGGAUGGGAUCAGCUCACUGCAGUACCGGCUGGUGGAGGUCUCACGCCAACCCAUGUACACCAACAUCACGGUGGAGAUUGGCAGGCCACCACCUCGCCUGACCAGGGGCUAGUGCUGGCCCUGUGGCUCUGUGCCUGGGCUGGCUGGGCACGGCAGGUUUUGCCCCAACUUGAGAGCCAGGACUGGACAGGGGGAUGUUUUCUGCCUAUUUUGCUGCCUUCCAGAGACAGCCACCUCCCAGCCCACCCCUUGGUCCCCAGGAUUUCUCUGCCCUCUCUGUCCCCCCAACUAUGUUUGCAGGACCCCAGCCCCAUACUCAGUGCGAUGAUGGACAAGGCUGGCUGCCCUGUGUGUAGCUCCAUGCACAGAGGGAAGGGGCAGUCCCAGCCCUGGCAGGAGCCCUCUGCCCGCUCCAGCUCCUGCCCUGGGUGGGGAGGGUGAGAUCCUGCUGCUCCAGGAGAGCUGGGGGGUUACCCAAUGGCGCUGCAAGAAGUGGGGUGCAGGCUUCCCCCUUCACUAGCGCUGGAGCCACUGCUGCCUGGCCAGGGGUGGGACCAGCCUGGCUCCCCCCAGGCAGGCAGGACAGUUCCACCCCAGCUGGGCACAGCUGGGCAUGCAGACGUGGCUUCCUGUCUUCCUCUGCUUUAGUCUGGUGCUUAGAGCCGGGCCCUGUCUCAGCUCUGCCAAACAGAGACCUCCAGUUAGUGAACGUCCCUCUCUGUGCCUCAGUUUCCCCAGAGCCAGGGGUGGCAGCCGUAUCCCAACCCCCUUCCCCAAAGGCAGAUGCUGUGUAUGUGUGUGCAGCCCCUGCUCACGCCUGCCCUCACCUGCCUUCCCCGCUUUGGUGGGGACAGGGCUCAUUUGAAACCUCCCCAGCCCCUCUUGAUGGUGGUUGCCCCAUGGCUUCCUCCAGCAGUGGGUACCCCAAAGGCAGUUUUGGGGCCAUUUGGGUCUCCCCCUUCUCUGGCUCCCCCCCCCUCCAGGCCUGGGGCAGGAGGGCUGUGGGCAGAAAAGGCCAGGGCUGUGCAGGGCAGGCACCCCGUACCCCUCCAUGGGACUGGGAGCCCUGGCAACCCCUCCACACCCCACUGGGGGCUGGGAGCUGUGGGGCUGGGAGUCGGGCAGCAUGCCGGGGCUGGGGGAGCACCGGCGAUUUUUGUACAUUUGAAUGUUUGACCCUUUUUUUGAGCGUACGUUGAAUGCAGCGUUUGGUCGUAGAGACCAGGGUUUUUGUAUUUAAUAAAAGUUUAAAAAGUU